UCUGAAAACUGCUCGCAACAGAAAGCAUCGGUUUGUAGGAUGGACAUCAACAGGCGACUGGGGAUGCGGGACACCGUGCUGGCGCUCCUCAUCGCUGUCCUGCAGGGACUCCCUGUCGGGGAAGCGGUACCAAACCCUUCACCGCUGCUUGGAUCCAACUGGGGGAACCCGAGAAGAUACGUCCACCUGCAGACCUCCACUGACCUCAGCAACUUCUACCUAGAGAUCAGGGUGGAUGGCACUGUGCGCAAAGCUACGACCAGAACGUCAUACAGUGUGAUUUUAUUGAAGGCUGAAACAAGGGAGCGCAUGGCCAUCCUUGGCGUCAAAAGCAAUCGUUACCUGUGUAUGGAUUUGGAGGGCAAUCCGUUCAGCUCGCCCAUCUGCCUCCGGGACGACUGUCUGUUCAACCACCGGCUGCUGGAGAACAACCGGGACGUGUACUACUCCACCCGGACCGGCAUCCUGCUCAACCUGGAGGGGUCCCGGCAGGUGUUCUCGGCGGGCCAGAACCUGCCGCAGACCGCGCUCUUCCUGCCCAAGAGGAACACGGUGCCGCUGGAGCGCCUGCUGCUGCAGCACCGGGAGAAGAGGAACCGGGUCGUGGACCCCUCGGACCCGCACAGCUUCUACCAGUGGCAGCCCGAGGACGCCAACGACUCCCGCGCCGUGCCGGAGGACGACGCGGACCUGGACCUGGAGGUGGAGGUGGAGGCCGAGGUGGAGGUCGGGGACGACGGCCGCAACGCGUCCAGAGAGACGCCGCUGGCCCCGGCCCCGGCCUCCCACGACCCCUGGAACGUGCACUCGUUUAGAGCCUGA